CCAUAUGACUCUACUUUCAACUUGAAAAAAUGGAAAACAGUCGUGCGAUUUGGAAGUAUUGGAAAGCUUUCAUUUUAUGUGUUUUUCUUCAGUUAUCAGUUUAUGGGUCAAAUGGAGAAUACACUUACGGAACUGUCACAUGUAAAGACCAGAAAUGUUCAUACCGGCCAAAUGUUUUGGACUUUAAGGGAACGGCCUGUGGUACCUAUAAUGACACGCUAAUUCAGACAGGAUGGGGGAUCCUGGAUAUUGUUGGUGGGCAGGGAAAUGAUGAAGACCUGGACAUCAUGUUUGGUGCAGGAUAUCUAGAGGGCGUCUUCACUGCAGAGAGAAUUUGGCAGCAUUACCAGAAUUUGAAGGAUUUUUUCUUGAGUCAAAGAAAAGAAGAUGUGGUGAAGAAUCUUGCAAAAUGGUUUGAUCAACAGAACAUGUGGAUGAGGAGUAUGAUCAAAAAGAGUUCAAAUGAUCCCCUGUGGAGGCAUGUAGGUCUCAUUAUGGCACAGUUUGAUGGACUGGUAGCUGGAUAUAAGUCAGUGGCAAAGUCUGGACAGGAUCUGGAUGUUUUUGCUUUCCAAGUGUUGAAUGGGGCUGGUGACCUGCUUGACCUGCUGAAUGUCCUUGACCCGUCCUCAGCGGCAGACUGGACCAAGAUGACCCACAGCCAGGUUCUGUCUUAUGUACAGGACAGGGGCAUGUGUUCAGCUCUUAUCAAGGUACUUGGGGCCUAUGAGGAUGUCUUCAUGUCCCAUUCCAGCUGGUUUGUGUACCAGGCUACCAUGAGAAUUUACAAACAUUAUAACUUUAAUGUAAGGGAUCCAGCCACAUCAGCAAAAAGAACUUCAUUUUCCAGCUAUCCAGGAUUUUUGGAAUCCUUGGAUGAUUUUUAUCACAUGAGCAGCAAGAUGGUCAUGUUGCAGACCACCAAUAAUGUCUUCAACAAAACGCUGUACAAUUAUGUCAAACCUGAGUCCCUGUUUGCCUGGCAGCGGGUUCGAGUAGCAAACAUGAUGGCUAAUGGUGGAGAAGAGUGGGCCAAAAUAAUGGCUCAGUUUAACUCAGGCACCUACAAUAAUCAAUACAUGAUAAUUGAUCUAAAGAAAAUUCAUCUGAAAUCAGCCAUAGAGGAUGAUGCAUUAUGGGUAGUUGAACAGAUUCCCUCUCUCGUAGAAGCUGGAGACCAGUCUGCCAUUCUAAGAACAGGUUACUGGGCAUCCUAUAAUGUUCCAUUCUUUGAGAAAGUCUACAACCUGAGUGGGUAUCCAGAAGUGGUGGAAAAGAUGGGGACAGACUUCUCCUACCAACUGGCCCCCCGAGCCAAGAUAUUCAGGAGAGACGAGGGCAAAGUUCUGGAUCUGCCGUCCAUGAAACACAUUAUGAGAUACAAUGAUUACAAAAACGAUCCAUAUUCAGAAGGAAAUUCCUGUAACACCAUUUGUUGUCGUGGUGAUCUGCGAGAAAAAGAGCCAAAACCAAGUGGUUGCUAUGACACCAAGGUGUCUGACUAUGAAAUGGCAAUCAACUUUCAGGCUGAUAUUAUCAAUGGGCCAACAUUAGGGUCAGGGUUACCUCCCUUCUCUUGGACACCAGCGUUUAAGCAAGCACACGUGGGCUUGCCUACGACCUAUAAAUUUGACUUUAUGAGGACUUCUCCAAAAUUUAAAACCCCUUAAGAAACAUUCCAACAUGUAAAUCCAUUUUUUAGAUUCCUUGAUGCCCAUCUCCAUUGUUCAAAAGGGCAAAUUUUAUAUUUAAAUUAAAGGGAUCAUAAAAACCAUGUGCAAUGUCAUCCUAAACACUGCUAAAUAGACCCUAGAUUGACUAAAGUUGCCAUGAAAAUCAUUUUGAUCUCUUUGUUCUGGUGAGGGAGAUGUUUUUUGGAGUUUUUUUAUUGGUAGUUUUGAACAAAAUCAAAAUAAGACUUUCAUUUUUUUGAGUAUGCUUUAGUUCUCAUUUAUUUGUUUUCCUGAUAUAUGUUUUCAUCUUUUAAGGUCACUUUAAUGUACUGCUCAGGAUACGCACACAGUCUAGGUUCAAGUUACCUUUAUUUGUCCUUUAUGUAUCUGUCCCUGACCCCUUUGUAUAUUUACUUCUGCACUAUUAAGAUCAGAGGAUUUGUGCAUAAUAAUCUAUAAUUAACAAAUAUCACAAAGGUGCGCAAGUUUUAUUAUGCUUAUUUAUGCAUUUUCAAAAGAUUUAUUUGAAUUUAAAGAUAUUAAAAUAUCAGUUUUCAGCAUUUGUCAAAGUUAAAAAUUUAAUUAAAGAAACUCCAAGCUUAUUUACCAAUGGUCAACAAAUAAUUUAUACAUUAAUGUCGUAAAUACAUAUGUAAAUACAGUGAAGGAGAACUUUUAGAAGUUAAUUUAGAAUAAAUUUUUGUAAACUUAAUUGUUUACAGUUGGGUAUUAAUUUAGCACUUUGUUAAGUGCACCACUGAUUUAUUUUUUGAGUUUGUUAAAUGGAAUAUCUGUCUUAAUGUAGAAUGUGAUAGAAAUGAUAUUAAGAUACAAUGUGAAAGUAUAAAUUUUUGUAAUAUAUUGCAAUCUGUCAAAAUGCUGUGAUAUUAAAUUUUUCUGUUUUGAAGUGGUGCGAAUAGACAAUGAAAUUUG